AAACGCGGUGCGAUCUUCCAGAAGAGACCCUGUCCCAUCGCGAGAUUUCCACUCUCGCGAGAUCUCAACUCUCGCGAGACUUCGCCUACAUCCGGAUUUCGUCUUCACCGAGAGUCGAGGGCCUUUGAAAAGCACCACCACCAUCUCCACCACUUCGGGUCCUGCGUUUACAUUUAUCUCAAUAAAGAGGUCCAUUUGAUUCAGGAUGAAUUUGGAGCGGGUCACCAAUGAAGACAAGCUCAGCCUCUGCAGGAAAUACUACAGAGGAGGAUUUAUUCUGCUGCCCUUCCUCUGGCUGGUGAAUUCCAUCUGGUUCUUCAAGGAAGCAUUCAUGAAGCCACAAUACCAGGAGCAAGCCGAGAUCAAAAAGUAUGUGGUCCGCUCGGCGAUCGGUGUGCUCGGCUGGACCGUGGUCCUCACUGUGUGGAUCUCUAUCUACCAGCACUUCCGCCCGCAGUGGGGCGCCACUGGCGACUACAUGUCCUUCACCAUCCCCUUCGGCAUCCCGUGAUGUUCGCGAGUUGCCGGCGGCAGGACACCCACCCCCUUCGAGUGCGCACAAGGGCGUUUACACUUGCAGAGAGGGCUCUUGGCAUGUUGUUGGCUCAACGGUGGGUCCUCGAAUAUAGCGGGCUGAUUCAGGGGUGGUGGUGGGGUGAUCAGGUUUACCAGUUUUAUUUUUCAUCAAUCCAUGAAAUCUAAAUUUAUCCCAUUCUGCUAUUUUUUUUGAACGCACCGUAUAUUAACACAAGUAUAUAAUAAUGAAAUAUAAACUUACAUUUUUUUGUAUCGUGAAUGCUUGGUUCACAGGUGUGGUGGAGCUAGUGGUGAAUCGAAGGAUAGCUGAAUUAGUUACUGCGUAGUAUCGUGCACAACUUGGGACUAUCUGGCACACAACGUUACUUGCGCAGUGUGGAGACGCAGCAAACCAGUCGGCACAGCUUUUCAUACAUUUUUGUUAAUGAUUGGUUCGUACGAUUUUCUACUUUUUUUCUUCUUUAGCUUUGGUUAAAUUGUAGGCGUCCCAACAAAAACCCCAUUUAUAUGCAGGAUAUCGUAUACAUGCUCACAUUUUUGUCCAGGACACACUGUAUAUAUGGGCAUCCAGAUUCAAGGAAAUUCGUGCAAAGGAUGUAUCCUGCUCAGAGGUCGCAAACGGGUUUUGAUUCCUUACCCGUACCCGUACCCGGCCGCACCAGGGUCGCAAACGGGUACGGGUACCUGUACGCUACCCGUACCCUACCCAAAAUGAGUGACAAACGGUUACUCACCGAUGACUCACGGCCUACCCGUACCUGGCCACACCAUGGUCGCAAACGGGUACCCGUACCCGGCCGGGUAGCCGGGUAUUGGGUAGGAUACGGGUAUCGGGUACCCGGUUGCGACCUCUGAUCCCGCUUCAGGGUUGGUCACAUGCAUAGGUGUUCAUGUAUACAAGGGUCUUUUUUUAUGCAAACGAUAUUAGAAAAAUUGGGCACGUUUGAACGUGGAUAUUUGUGCACUGGGAUGUUUUGUGUUCAUACUACCGAUGCAUAAUUAUUAUUGUAAGCUUUUCCACACGUGUGCUUUUUAGAUUAGGAAGUAUUUGACCUCGUAAGAUGCCAGUCAGAUUUGGCAGAUAUCCCAAGUAGCUUACUGCAGGGUAACUACAGCAUGCUAACAACGCCCUUUGAUUGCCUUGCUGCCUUGCAAGGGAUAAAAUUUCCUGAAUGAACUUAUAUUUUGCGUGAAUUAAUUGUGUAUAUAUGGUUUUGAAAGUGUUGCAAACAGUGCAGUGUUUUGUGUUCAUACAUAACAGUGAAGCUUAGUAAUAACCGACGAAUUAUACAAGCCUUCACAAAUGCUCUUUCAGCAAAACAAGUAAAUAUGCAGCCCUCUUUGGCAAUCUACUGUUGGAUGAGGGCCUCCUGAUCCUGCUUGAUGAUCAGUGGGUUUGAGAAGGCAUGGAGCAUAGACUUGUUAGCAUAAAGGCAAGGUGAACAAACGCUCUAUCUACUUUAUUGAAAUUACUAAAACGUGCAUUUACUGAAAUGUUUGGCUUUUUUGAGCAUACGUUAAUAGACGGUUGAAAAACCUUCCACGUUUAUUUGAAGUAAUGUGUCCCAUAUUUUUUGUCAUUUCAAGUACUUUCAUCUUUGAAUAAUGUCGUGGUUGAGUUUAAAUGCUUCGCGUUUUACUCUCAAAUGUCCUCUUGUUAUUCCAUAAAUAUGUGUCCGUUUAUACUGUGUGGUACACCCAACAGCUUGUGUUUUUCUUAAUUUUUAGGAUAUCAAUUGUGGUGUUUUCUUUUGGCGAUCUGAAACGUAUUGGGACGAUUUCGAUCUUGUUAAUCCAGACGAUGUUACUCCGCUGUUCCAAUUUCACAGACACUUUGCUUUCGGAAGUGUGUACAUUACUGACAUUAAAUGUUCCCAAUGAACAAAUAAAGUCGCUUCACAUUUGA